AUGUUAUUCAUUUUAUCUGCUUCCCGACUGUGCAAACACUCAGCAUGCUUAUCCAGGAUCAUUACUUCAGCAUAUACAGCAAGACCAGCAACAAAAGAGUCACCUUUAAAAGAAGAUCCUUUAAUAUCAAUAUCACCAAAUUUAAAGUUCCCAAUAAAAUCUUUAAACCCUUCAAUUUUUAUUCCUCCUGACGCAGUAUUAUUUAGUCAAUUUGAUGAAAAAUACGUAGAAGCACCUAAAAAAGCUAAACAAAAAUUACCAGAGCCAGAAUGGCGAGCUGUAGAAUUAGACGUAUCAAAAUUACACAAACAUUGUUUGAUGUUAUCAAAAAUUCGACUGACAUCUCUGGUGGUAAUAACAACAAUGGGAGGCUACGCAUUAGCACCAGGAGUAUUCGACCCGACGACAUUCAUAAUGUGUUCUCUUGGAACUGGGUUAGUGUCAGCGACAGCAAACUCUAUCAACCAGUUCUUCGAGGUUCCUUUUGACUCCCAGAUGUCUAGAACUAAGAACCGAGUUCUUGUUCGGGGACAUUUGACACCUGGCCAGGCGAUAAUUUUCGCCGGGCUUUCAGGAGCUGCUGGACUGUCUCUUCUGUACUUUCAAGUCAACGGAGUGACAGCAGCACUGGGUGCUGCUAAUCUAGUUCUUUACACUCUUGUUUAUACACCGAUGAAGAGGUAUUCUAUUCUCAACACCUGGGUCGGAUCUGUUGUUGGCGCAAUACCGCCUCUAAUGGGCUGGGCAGGUUGCGUGGGUGACAUUUUAUCACCCGGAGCGUGGAUUAUGUCCGGGAUGCUCUACGCCUGGCAGUUUCCUCACUUCAACGCGCUGUCUUGGAACCUCAGAGCAGAUUAUUCUCGUGCUGGGUAUCGGAUGAUGGCUGUUACAAAUCCCAGCCUUUGUCGUAGGACUGCUUUGAGGUACACUGCAGCUCUAGCGGGGCUUUCUUAUCUCGCUCCGGUUUUAGAUGUUACUAAUUGGUGGUUUGCAGUCUUUUCAACUCCUUUAAACGCUUAUUUUCUAUACCUAGCAUGGAAAUUCAACCAACAUUCAGAUAGCGCAAGUUCAAGAAAAUUAUUUCGUUUCUCACUGGUCCACCUGCCAGCUCUGAUGCUCUUAUUACUGUUAAGCAAAAAGAAUUGGCACAGUAAAAAGACACCUAAUAGCGACAAAGAAAAAAAUUCACAAAUUUUUGGCAGUUUGUCGGGUGUUUUAGCAUAG